AUAUGGUUUUGGAUAUUCAGUAUUUGGUAUUAAAUCUUAUUUAAUUUUCCAUGUAUUUAUAUGAUAAUGCAUAGUAUUGAUACAUAGUGAAAACUUUAAUUUUAAUAUUAUAACAGAAACAGAUAAACAUGUUGUAGAGAGAUGGAUGUUAAUUAUGAGUAUUGUUUUAAUGUUUGGAUUGCAGAUUUGAUAUUUCGAGUUAUGACAGAAUUCUGUUUAGUACAAAGACUAUAAAUAUAAGGGUUUAGUAGAAAAAAAAAGGUUUUGUAAGCCAUGUUGGAAGACCUUAGUUUUCAAGUCUGGCUUCAGUUUUGGAGAAAUUAUUUUGAUUUUAGAUAAAUUCCUGGUCUGAUUAGCAUACCAACAUAGAAUAUUGAAGUGCAUCAAUCAAUAGUAAUAUUGGUGUGUAAAUUCUGUAACUAAAUCAAGAUUUGUUUCGCAGACAUGCGGCUAUGUUAAUGGUUCUAUAUGAUGUAAAGAUUUCUAGAAGAGAUUGAUGUCCGGCGGAGUGGCUGGCCUGGACCUCUCACCGCUGGGGCGGCAGUCGGCUUUCAUCGCGCAGGUGGAGCUCCGGGAGACGCCUGCCCGCGUCCAGGAAGCUGCUGACGCCCUCCGCAGACUGCUCAAGGCCAGGAAGGACCUGUACUUCCGGGAUGACAACGACUUCCUCCUGCGGUUCCUCAGGCCGACCAAGUUCUACCCUGAGAGCGCGCUGGAACUGAUGGUGAACGUGGCCAAGCUGAAGAGGAAGCACGGCAAGGUGCUGUGUGACCUGGAGCCAAAGGAGGAGCUCCACCACCUGCGAGAGCACAAGGCCCUCAGCGUGAUCCUGGAGAGGGACAAGAGCGGCAGGAAGAUCUUCAUCAUGAAGGUCGAAGAGAGCUGGGACCCGGCCAUGGUGUCGGCGGAGCAGGUGUUCAGGGUGCUGUACAUGGCGCACGUCGCCGGCGCGAUGGAGCCCGAGACGCAGGUGAAGGGCAUCGUGCACGUGCUGGACCUGAAGGGAGUUCAGGCGAGGCAGCUGUGGGCCCUCACCGGCCUGCACACCCGCGGGCUGCUCCACUUCCUGCAGAAAGCUUUUCCCCUGAGACUGAAGGAAAUACACAUCAUAAACCAUCCUCCAUCGUUCAACACCCUUUUACCUCUCUGCAAACCAUUCGUCAGCGCCAAGCUAUAUAAGAGGAUAUUCCUCCACGGGGACGACCUGGCGAGCCUGCACAGACUCGUGGACCCCUCGCGGCUGCCCGAGGACUACGGGGGCGGCCUGGCCGGGGUGGAGCACACGGGCGGCCACUGGCACGCGGUGCUGCUGGAGGUGGAGGAGGCCAUUAGAGAAUGGUGCACCUUCGGCUUCGUGGAGGACAGGCGGCGGUGACGUGUCCCGUGGAAGGGCCUGCUACGACCCUCCAGGCCCCAGCCCCUCUCGUUGCCCAGAGGAACACAGCGCCGCUCCACCGCACAGCCCGGGUCUCCACAGUUCUCUCUUUAAUCAAGACGGCUUCACAAGUCAUUUGGCAGCUCGCUGGAGCAAGGCAUCUCAAAUAGGUUCCCCUUGGUUCUGCCCUUUUCUUCUUCGCCGUGUGUUCGUUGGUUUAAGAGUCUUCCAAGGCACGUCUGAUGAACUCUGUGCCAGUAAUAACAUAGGCAGUGGCAUGGAUUUUUUUUGCGAAAAAGAUUUAGACUUAUCGGCGUAUCACUGCAGCGUCUUCCAUGUUUACAUGGUUGGUUGAUUUUCAUUCAGGUUAAUGUCAGACAAUGUUUUCUUCAAAAAAUCACAUUAAUACUUCCAUUUCAUCUCUGUGAAAGUAUAAUUUGUUGGGUUUUCUGCUAGUUCCUAUAAACCUGGAAACAAAUAAAUAAUAGCACUCAAAAAUGUAUAAGUUAACAAUUAUAAGAAAACUUUUUAUUGA